GGAACGUUCCCCCACUCGCUUCCGUAGAACACACACGCGUCACCACCCUCUAUCAAACUUCGAACAAAUUCCCUGACCACGAGAUUCUCCUCUCAAUCUCUCCCAAUCUUCUUGUUUUCUUCUUCAAUGGCUUUUUCUGAUGCCAACUACGGUUCUGAUACCUACGCUCCCUCUGCCCCAUCCCUACCCGACUCCUACGGCCACCAGGAACCAGAAGUCACCGUUUCUGAUAAUGAUCCUCCUCCUCCUCCUACGGCGAAUACAUAUUACUACGGCAAGCCGCACUCGCAAUACGGCCGCAGUUACGUCCGUAGUUACGGCCAUAGUUACGCCCGUAGUGACGGCCUGCCGGAGCUGGACCUGUCUCCUUCUUCGUAUGAUCAACCGUCUUCUUCUUCUUCAUAUGAUCAGGAAACAGGUGGGGAUUUUCCACCGGGGACCGACCCGGAUGUGAUUAGCAGCUUUCAGAUGGUGGAUAAGGACGGUAGUGGCUUCAUUGACGACAAUGAAUUGCAACAGGCUCUUUCUUCUGCCUACCAGAUGUUUAGCCUCAGGACCAUUCGUUUGCUCAUGUUUCUCUUCAAAAACAUCAACAAUCAUGAUAUUCUAAAACUGGGUCCUCAAGAAUUUGCCGCACUAUGGAGUUGUCUUGGUGAAUGGCGAACCAUGUUUCAGAAAUAUGACACAGAUAAGAGUGGAAAGAUUGAUGUGAUAGAGUUGAGAGAUGCACUCUUUGGUCUAGGACUUGCAGUCCCCCCUACUGUUCUUCAACUUCUGACUUCCAGGUACGAAGAUGGAAGUGGGCACCGGGCUGAACUUAACUUUGAUAGUUUUGUCGAAUGUGGGAUGAUUGUAAAGGGCUUGACUGAGAAGUUCAAAGAGAAGGAUCGAAAAUAUACUGGUUCAGCAACAUUCAGUUACAACGCAUUUAUGUCUAUCGUCAUCCCAUUUCUUGUGUCAUAUAAUUGA